UAUCAAAUUCCCCAAACCCAACCGAAUCUGGCUUUCAAACGCCACUCUCCUAUCUUUCUUCGUUAUCAAUUCCCAUUCGCUGCCGGUGAAAUGUAAACAAGAUAUCGCCUCAAUUUUGUCCACCUCAUACGAAUUCCUCCGCGAUCAAACGACCAACCAGUGACAUGGCAUAUCGAUUUGAUAAAAAAAAAAAAUACAGCCUCUUUCCAACAGGCACACCAUCCCAUAUUCUUAUCUACUCACCUAACCUUACCACAUUGUAUUUUUUCACCCUCGUCGUCGUCAAAUUCAUCGUCACGUCACGCGCUUUCUUAUCUACUCCAUCAAAAUCAGAACAGCCAGCCAAAAAUCUCACGUCUGAUUUCCGCUUUUUCUCUUUUUUUCUUCUGUGUUUCAGCAGUCGCAACCACAGCAAAGACAGCCAACAAAGCUCCCAGAGUGAUCUGAGCUUGACGGGUGGAUCACCGAAGCUGCAGACUAAAGCUUCCAGCACGCGACCAGCCAAGAAACGAGAUGUGCGCACAAUCAACUCGUCAUCCAGCGAUUUGGGUCCACCGUCGAAAACCGUUGGUAGCAAUGGCAAUGGCACGGCUACUGUUACAGUCACCACUAGUAACAACAACACCAACAACCAGCAUCAGCAACAGACGCAACAUCAACGAGCAAGCCUCCGAGCGGCGGCCACAUUGCAGAAACGAAUAUCGUCGACACCGGGCAGUGGUCUGGCGAACACCACCAUACCGUCGAUCGUUCCGGAGCAGCUCAAGGGAUCGCCACCGCCGCCGAAGCGCAAUUUCAUCGCCAAGCGAACGCUUUCGACGCCCGUGCAGGGUAGCACCGUGGUGAAGACGCCACUGAAAGGUACGUAUCCAUUUGGUUGGAACUAAUAAAAGAUAAGCUGUAAUUUUGGCAUAAAUAUGAAGCAAUUUUCAAAGGAUUUGGAAAUCUAUGGGUUCCACUUCUACAUAGUCUUGGAUUCAACCCUUGAUCCUUCGCAUUUCACAGAUUACUACCACUUCCUUGUACAUAAUCUGCACAGCAACAAACAAACUACGUUACCAUGAUGAUGAGACCUGGGAGUGUAAGUGGAAUACCCGUUAGUAGGAUAAAAUCUAGUAAGUGGAAUACCCGUUAGUAGGAUAAAAACUGUACCUUUCAAUUCCAACUAUGUGUAUCCUAUGACAGAUACGUAUUUCGACUUCAACUGUAACGUCGUAUUCAGUGUCUCGUACUUUACUCUUAGCAACUCGCAAUCCACUAACCAAAGCGGUCCAGUACCGCUGUAACCAUAACUUCUACUACCCACGCAAAUUUCCAGUAGACGAUUGAAUGCAUCAUCAAUGCAUCUUCUUGCCCACCUGCAUUCUAACGUAGCAUAUGCUAUUGCUGCCCGAAGCAGUAGAUAACCAGCACUUGUACACUGAAGAUACAUGUUAAUUCCAAGCAGGCAUUCGUUGAUUCCCUGUGUAUUUUUGCGAAGCUUUCCACUUCGUGAGUACUGUGCAAAAAGGUAGGACAAGUAUGAACAAUUUAUUAGCAUUAUUAAACUGGACUAGACAAGAACAUAUUUUAAAGAAACAUUUUUUUUUAAAUACUGCUUGAGAGAUUUUUUUUAACUUUCUAUAAGAAUAUUUUUCGAGUACAUUAACAAGGAGCCUUUCAAGAAAUUCUUCAGGAACUACUACACUGAUUUUACUGAAAAUGCUUCAAACUCUAGGUUUUAAACUAAUCUAUACAGUUUCACAAGAACACUUCUUCGGAGGUUAGCUUAUAACAUCUCCAAGAGUUUUGUUAAAAAUGUGCCAUUUUUUUUAAUCUGCCUACAAAUGUUGGGCGAAUUCGGCGUAGAUAAUUUGUUAAAUAUUCGUAUAGUCUUCCUGGAACCCAAAGUUCUUCAAGAUAGAUAGGCAUAUAGAAGUCUUCAUUGAAGAAAUUUCCAGCCCGAGUUCUAUUAACCUCUUAAACAAUCAUACUAGAAUUCUGAACUUCAUAAUUUCCCAAAUUUAUUUUUGAAUGAAGAAUAUAUGAAAUUAUUCCGUUUUGCUUCCGGUUUUUUCUUCUGUCAAAUUUCUUGUAGUCAGGAUGCUAGAAAUUUCUUCAAUAUUUUGAGGUAUUUUAAAAAUGGUUUCUGUUUUUUGCAAUAAAUUAUUGCAUUAUAAACAUUAUCAGAUGUUUGUAAUGGAGCGCAGCAAGCGUAUCCUUAACUAUUUUUUGAAACUUUUGCCAGAUUUUUUUUAUUUUAUAUUUUCAAUUUAUUUCAGUGGCAAUUCUUUCAGGUAUUUUCCAUGAAUCUUACAAGAAAUUCCUCCAUUAUUUUCUGGAACUUCCUGUAAGAAUUUCACCAUUUGUUUUUCUAUAAAUUUUAUUUAUCAUUAUACUCGGAAUUCUACUCGGAACUCCAUCACAAUUUAUACCAGGAAUUUUUCCGAUAAUCUCACCAGAAAUUUCUGAACCUCAACGUUUUUCUUAGAAAUUUCUGAAUGAAAUAUAUAUGAACUUGCUUUCAUUUUUUUUCGUAAAAUUCCUAGCAGUAUGUUUGCUAGGAAUUUCUUCAACAUUUUAGAGAUUUUCAAAGAUUGUUUCUGAUUUUUUUAAUCAUUUAUGACAUUAAAACCUCUGCCAGAUAUUUGUGACGGAGCUAGAAUAUACUUCACAACUUUUAUUACAGUACCUAAAAUUUUCGCCAGAUUUUUUUGUUUCUUUUUUUUCUUCAAGUUAUUUCAACGGCUAUUCUUUCCGAAUUUUUCCAGAAACCUUACAAGGAAUUUUUCCAUAAAAACCCAGAACUUCCUCAAGGAAUUUCAUAAGGGAUUUCUCCAGGAAUUUCACUAUGAAGUCUUUCAUAAAUUUGACCCAUCAUUCUACACGCAAUUUCCCCAGGUUAUCCUCCAGUUAUUUAUACAGUAAUCAAGAUUUUUUUUCAAGAAUUAGUAUAUAAAUUUCUCCAACAAUCUUUCCAGGAAUUUUUCCACCAAUUCUUCCAGUAGUUUCACUAGGAAUUCCUCCACGAAAUUCAUCCAGGACAUUCUGCAGAAAUUCUACUAUGAUUUCCUCUGUUAGUUUUUCAGCAUAAGGAGUUUCAUCAAUAAUUCUAUAGGAAAUUCUACUUGAAAUUCUAACACAAAUAAUACCAAGAAUUUUCCGAGAAUGCAACCAGUAAUCCCACCAGGUAUUUCACAAGGAAUUACUUGAGCAUCAUGAAAUUCAUUAGCAACUCUUACCAGGAAUUUCAGGAAUUUUAACAGAUCUUUCACUAACGUUUUGGCCAGGAAUCGCUCCAUAAAUUUCCCCCAUUUUCCACCAGGAAAAAAAUCAGGCGAUACCUUGAUCCUUUCUCUACACGUGUAUGACGCCCGAUUUUUAAAUUAUUGCUCCGUUAUUCAAUAAAACAAAUCAAAAACCAAAUAAUGAGGAAAUGCUUCCAGUUUCGCCUUAAGGUAAACUGACCAAGGAGAAAUCUCCUUCAUUAGCGUCGGAAUUAGUUCCAGUACCCCACAACCUGACUUUUUUAUGUUUUACCUAGGAUACAUUUGAAAAUUUCUGCAGGGAUUCCUUGAGAAAUCCUUGAAUAGAUUUUCACAGUUAUUCCUCUAGGAUUGCUUCUGAAAUUUCUUGAGUGGUUUCUUAAAACAUCUUCUAGUGAUUGUUUUUUUUUUAUGAAUUUUUUUAAGGAAAUCGAUUGGAAAUUCCUUUUGAUAUUCCCUCAGAAGCUCUUCAAGUGAUUCUUACAUACAUUCUCCAGAGACUCCUUAAGAAAUUUGACUGGUGAUUACUUAAACUCAUCAAAUUUCUUCAGAAAAUCUGCUGCAAAAUCCAAAACUGCAGCAUGAGUUUAAAAAAUCCAAAAUACUUUCAGAAAAUCUUCCGUGGAUCUUUUUUUGCAAAUCUCGUACGGAUUGCUAAAGAAAUUCCUCAGUGAGUUUAUUCAGAUUUUUUCGAAGUUCCCUUCCGUGGACUUUCUCAGGAAUUCCCCUUUGAAAUCUUUCAGAUAUUCUGUUCCGAUAAUGGGCUACUUAUUUUUUUAGAAUUUCCUCCAGCAAUUACUUCAGAAAUUUAGAAUUUGUUAGAGAAAUUUCUUCAAAUCUUUCAUGAAUUUGUCCCAAAAUUUUCCUAGUGGUUCCUAGCGAGAUGACGAAAUUGAGAGCCACCCAUCCGCAAGGCUAGACGUGUACAGACGCAGUGACCCUUUCAAACCCGAUAUUUUUUAUCAAAAUACUUAACAUGUUGAUUUGCGUAUCGAGCCCUGAGUAAGGUCCAAUAGUCGGACCGAAACGUCGGGGAUAAUAAUCGAACAGUCAACUCAAUUUCAAAGACUGCUGCGAACAGAAAACCAACAAAAUUUCCCGAAUCAAAUUCAUAAAUUGCUCCAGCAGUUCCUUUGUAAAAUCUUUGUAAAUUUUAUAAAUUUCUUUCUGCAAUUCUCCAAUAGUUACUUUAAACAUUCUCCGUGGAGCUCUGAAGUACAACACUACCAAAAAUCCUCGCUCGUCGUAUACAUCUCGAGCGCGGUGAAGUUUCAGGAUUGAAACGGCGUGCGUCCCGAAAGGUUAAGAAAUAUCUUUGGGGAUUCUUUCUCAACGAAUUUCUCCAAGGUUCCUU